UUGCCGAUAUCCACCGCGCUUCUCUUUCAUCGUGCGACAAUUAACAUGGCUGACGAUGCUCUGCUGAGCCAGCUGUGCAGUAUCUGCAAUAUAUCUCCUUUCAAGUACAAGUGUCCCGGCUGCAGUGCCCACACCUGCUCACUGCCAUGCUAUAAACGACAUCAGCAAUGGGCACAGUGUAGCGGGAAACGUGACCCUACCAAGUUUGUUAAAAAGUCUUUGUUGGAGACCCCUGCAGGUAUCGAUCAUGACUUCAACUUCUUGAUCAGCGUCGAGCGGGGGUUGCAGAGGGCUGAAAAAGUCGAAAAUGCCACCACCGGCUCUGUAUCGGGUCUCCAACGUGGCGCCAACCGCCGCAAUGUCAGCAAUCAGCAGCUCACAGCAGCAGGCGUGACUAUUGUUCGGGCGCCACAGGGUCUCAGCAGGCAAAAGCAGAAUACCACGCAUCGUGGCAAGUCGGGUCAUAUAAUAUGGACCACGGAAUGGAUCAAGGACGGAAAUUCCCAUACGUUCACAGAGUGCAGUGAGGUUGAGACUAUUCAACGACUCGACCCCUUCCGCAGCUCCAGAAAGAGGAAACGGGCCGCAGCAGACCAUGUUUCGAAGUCUGACGAGAUGCAGACGGAGGCACGCUUGCAAUCCGAAGAACACCCCAAUGAAGAACCUCCCUUACCUCCCGCUGCCCAGCCAGGAGGACAACACACCACCGACGGCAGCGUCAUCCCCCAACCACAGUCCAUCCAAGUGGCGCAUUCUGAUGAUGCAAGCCCUCUCAUGCAUGGCACAACCCCCGAAUCCCUUUCUUCCAAACACACCUUCUUCCUCCUGAUGCCAAGAACCAGCUCCACUCGCAAAGUGCUCAUCCCCCUCGACUCACAGGCCACUCUCACCGACUCUCUGCGUGGCAAAACCGUGCUCGAAUUUCCGACCAUCUACGUCUUUCCCGAGUCCACGGCCCCUCCGCACGAGACUUUUAUGAUGGAAGAGGCGUAUUUACAGCAAGAGCGCGAUGACCAUACCGAGCUUGAAAACGCACUCAAGACUGUCGAUCCUGAGACUCUACGCAAACUUGCCGCCGAGCAGGGGGCUACCGAUGAGAAUGCAGGUGGCGAGAUUGACGACAAAGCUAUUCUUGAUGUCUUGAAACGCGAUCUGGGGGCAAAAGCGAAGGACCUUUGA